GCGAGGGUAGCAGUCGGUUUGGAGCACUCAGGCAUUCACCGACAUCGCGCGAACUUUAAAUACGAUUCUGAAUCGAGUUUCCGAGUGAAAUUUACGUUGAUUUGUCUGUAGCGAACUCUUCGGCAUGUGUGACGAUAAUAUUUGUCUCGUGUUUAGUGUGAACGGAUAAGUGAUCUGAAUGAAGUGCAACAAGGUGCUUAUUCGUUUCGUUUACGGUUGUCAUGGGGAUUGGUGUGACGAAGUCUAUGGAAAAGUCUUCAACCGAUUUUGAGGACGAUCCGUCGGAGAAGGAAGACUCUAACAUGUGGGACGUUCUAGAUGCCGCCGCUGAUUGUGACUGUCCCGGACCCCCUCCAGAAUUCUUACUACCGCCACCACCAAGACCACCCGCCCUACAACCAUCGGAUCCGAUGCUUUGUACAGAUGAUUCGAUAUCCAUAGAAACUUGCGAUGCUUUACCUUUGAUCGAUGCCAGUUACCGUAGUAGUCCAUCUUCCCAGACCUUGGCUGUGAUAGUUUUGUGUUCAGUGUUACUCGGACUGCUCGUCUUCAUCGCUGUCAUCUUAGUGUGGAAACACAAGAGGGUACAAAACUUUUUGCCAUGCAAAAAUUCUCCGCAAAAUAACUGCGACGGCGCGGCUACCACAGGGUUGUACGAAGAUCUCAGCGAUGUUAUGCCGAGGCCUACGCCUGCGCACCAUCAUCACCUCCAUCAACUUACAAGCGGGCAUAUCGUAGCACCAUCUAUCGAGAUGAUAGAUGUAAAAAAUAAUGUCCACUACCCCAGCGGCUAUCCGAUCUCACAACAUCCACCGGUGUUUCUCUGUUCAUCGCCCGGUCCAGAUCCGUACUGCUCCCAAGACUUAUACAAUCCAGUAUACGAAGAGCUGAGCGAUGCGGACACGGAUAUGGAGAGACAUGCGCCACAUAGCGAAGACGAAUUCGCUGAAGACGAAUUGAGCCUCGGAGGAGAUAUGGAGAGGAGAAGACUGGAAGCACCGCCUCCGCCGUAUAGGAUAACAACCUCUCAAUUUAGAAGAAGCAUACCCCGAAUAAGGAGGCCGCACGAACCCUUGCCACCUAUACCCAAUAACAAAAAACAGAGAACUCUCGAUAGGAGACGGCAAGAAUUCCAUGAAGGCGUCCUUCUGGACGCUCUCCUACAACUCUACCCACGGGUGGGGAGCGUGGAACCCCCAAACCAAAGACGUCAAAUUCCAAGCAUCGCUCAAAAUAUCCAAUGCAUGAGCCAGAUCCCGGGUCCAUACGAUACUAUGCCCAUCAUGAGCAGUAUGGCAACCUUCAGGCCGGUUCCAAAACCGUAUUCCCAAGAUUCAGCUUUAGGUUCAGACUCUGGAUACAGUAAUCACACGAGCGGCACCAGCAGAUGUUCCAAUCGCGGUCGAAGGGAACUUAGACGAAUGUCGCAAAUUAGUGCUGAUUUGACAUUGACGUAAGACGUGAUGUUCGAGUGAGGUGAUCUGAUGUAUGAGUGCAAUAACUUGAUUAAUUUCGACGCGACCGUUAGUUUUCUACAUAUAAAGAAAACUGUUUUAGAGUACCGUGGAAUUCUUACAGCGUCGUAGCAAUUUCACUACCUUCGUAUGAGACUGUUGGUUUAUUAUUUCUAUCGUAGCGAUUUCCGACACUAAUGGCUUAAUUUUGUAACUGAAAACUAAUUUUUUAUAAUGUUAUGUUAGGACUUGAUAUUAUUUUCUAACAUAACUUUUCCGACAGUUCCAUAUAUAUUGCAGACCCUACAAUUGUUAGGCUCACUGAUAUGUAAAGUUGGUGGAAUGAUUACCAAAUUGUAGAUAUUUUCAAGAGUCAACUUAAGCGAACAGAGAUAGUGUGCAAGUACGAGGGUUACUUGAACUUCGACCUAACAAUAAUACAAGACAUUCUUUCUUUUUUUUUUUCGACAUAGUCUCCUUGUAACUCUAUACACUUCUGCCAAUGAUUCAUUUGACGAAAACCUUUAUCUUUCGAGCGCAGUUUUCAGAUGAGGGAACACCACACAGUCGCUUGGGGCUAGAUCUGGCGCGUUUGUCUUAGUGAAACAGGAUUUUUUUUGCAAAUGUGACCGUUUUUGCUUUUUGAAAGUAAUCGAUUAAGAUGACUCCAUGGCCAUCCCAAAAAUCAGUCGCCAUCACUUUCCUAGAUGAAAAAACAGUGUUUGCUUUUUUCGGAGUCGGUUCUUCCACUUUCGCAGUCCACUGUUUUGACUGUAUUUUUUAUUCGUGCAUAUAAUGGUGUAUCCAAGUUUCAUCUACAGUAAUUAAUCGGCCCCAAAACUCGGGUUUAUUGCGCCUAAACUACGCUAACAGAGCGUUGGAAACGUUCAUUGCUCUAACGUGAGUAAAUGCGGUACCUAACGCGCGGACAGCUUUCUCAUGCCUAAAUCUUUAUUUAAAAUGUGACAAACACGUUUUUCGUACAUUUUUUUAAACACUGCUAUUUCGCUUACUUUAAUAUUAUCGUUAGUAGUUAUAGGUGUUGGAAGUCUUGAACGUUCACGAUCUCCUAAACUCUUAGGGCCACGUUUAAAUUCAGCUGCCCAAAAUUUGAUGUGGUAAAUGACAGUGCGGAGUCCCCAUACACAGAAUCCAACUCAAGUUUAAUUUGCGUAGGAGUAUUGCCUUUCAAAGGCAAAUAUUUCAUAACAGCUCUAUACUCGAUUAUUUUUAUUUCCACGAAAACACUCACAUCUACUAGGCCCUUAUUCUUGACCGCGAUAGAAUAGAGAACCCAAGAGAAUCCAGACGUGUUCCUAUUGGGGGUGCGCACUUCCUAUUCUUGAAUCCAAUUCUAUUGAAAACGAGCAGAAUUUCAUUUCCCGUACGUUCUUUGAGCGUAUUUUAGGGGAAGGAGCCAACAGAAUAAUAAAUUUCUUCUGAACGUUUUUGCUUUUCAAAAGUAAAUUUUCGAAAGGAUAAUUGCAAAUUAUCAUUAUGGGAGGAUAUUUUUCAUAAUUUUGAUAACUUGAGAACUUCAAUAGCAAUAUUUAAUAUCAGAAAUAUUUUUCACACCAGCAAUAGCAACUGGUGAUAUUAUAUCAAUUUGUUUUUUCCAUUAUUUCCGUUAUUUUCCAUUGUGUGAAAUGUUUUCGUUUUUUAUCUGACUUUUAAUGGACAUUCUAAAAUACUGUACAAAAUAUUGGUCAACUACACGCAAUUGCCUCCUCUUUUUUCUGUAAUUGGAAAAGUUUAUAAUAAAAGUUUUAUAAUAAGUACACAAUAACCAAGUAAACAUAAGCAAACUACCCAACAUACAGUAACACUUACGUACAUAUUAAAUUUAAACUUUCGAAGAAAAAUAUGGCACCCACAAACAUAGCAAUGGCAUAAGGCCAAGAUACAAACGUUAAAAAUUCUACUGACAGAAUUUCUAAUGCACUGAUUGGUCCAGUAGUUAUAUUUGACAACGGUGCAUCGCGUUCGUCCUUUCUUUCCCUUUUGUUCGAAGAUAAAGUUUUUGCUUUAGACCACAGAAUAGAGAGGUUUACUUAAUUUGUCGGUAAAUUAUUAACGAUUUUCCGAAAUUUUAUAAAAUAUUAAAAUUUGAAUUUUAAUUUGAUUGUGCUCGUAACUGCACCCAAAUACCUGAUUUUGGUAUCGAUACAACCUGAAAAACGAAGGCACUGCUUUGAUUGUGGUUUAUGAUUAUGAUUUGUGAAUAUACUAUCAGUCAUUAUAAAAACAUAUUUUUUCGAUUUUGCUUAAAUUGUUUUAAAUUUCACCUCGGAAAUUUUUAAUUUUCAAUCGCCUCUGAAAACUUAAUAAACACGUAAAGGCUGUCGGUUGGGAAAACAAAUUACCAAACUCAGACAGACGAAGAAGAAAUAAAAUUAAUUGACGCUUCCAUCAUGUCUCAUCGUCUCUGGCAAUCAUUCAUACCCGUGCGGGGGGCAAUUAGUUUGGACCCUUGACAAAAUCGUACCUUCAUUAAUUUUUACUAAUUAGAACAACGUCCGCGAGUACGUAUUUAAUUAAAUAAUGCCAAAAUAUAAUGAAUAUUCCCGCGACUCAGUUUUAAUGAAGUCCUCCUCUGAAGUAUAUUUGUCUUUUAAUAAAUUUCGGCCUUAACGAGUUUGGAUACGGAGUUUUGCGACUCGUUGGCGCAGUCUUGUAAAACAAAUGAAAUAAUCUCGUAACUAGUUUUUAAGUAGACUUCUCGGGCGCCAUUUUGCCAGUGAUGCGUCGCCGUUGGUUCGGCAAGUUGGCAGAUCAUAGGUGUAUAAUUAUUUGAGGAGAAAACAUUUUAUGACUAUAUUUUGAGUAAGAUUACUUUUUUUUUUAAAUACUGAUCAUAAUUGGGCAAUAUGAGACAAUAAAAAAUUUCAGUUUUGAGAUAUAUGAAUUGAAUUCAUCAAUAUUAUUAUUGUUAUUAUUAAAUUAAAAUUAAUUUAAUCAAUUAAUUAAUUUAAAUUAAAAAUUAAAUAUAAAGUAUCAUAUUCAUAUAUCAUUGAUACCGUUACUUGUAAGUUUCGCUUUUAUUUUCUAACUCUAAAUACAUUCUUUAUUAAAGAAAACAUUAAAGGCACAAAUUUGAUAAAAUAUAAAUAGGUUGACAGUGAUACUUAUAUUUAGGCAUUUUCGGUACACUCUUGGGGUCAUCAGAUUUUUUAUUAACAUUUUUUUGUUUCUUUUCGAUUUGUUCCUCUUUCACUGAAGGGGCUGUUAGAUUAGAUGAAUGAAAUUCCUGCGUCAAUGAAAUUUUAGCUUUGGUUUCACAUUAGUUUAAAACUUGUUUAGCAUGUGUGGAGUGUGCGUUACUAGUCUUUACUGUUUACACGAGUUGUAAUCUGGUUUCAAAUCACUAGUCUGUUGUUUCUUCAGUUUCUUCAGUUUGGUAACUGUCAUGUCAGUUUGCAGAUUAUCUUCCAGUAAAUGCGCGUAAUACAACUUGUGCCUUUGAUGUUUUUAUAAAUUUUUCCUUAGCAAAAGCGAAAAAUUAAUGCACAGUUUUCAAGAACAUCAUAAAUAGAUUGUUCAGAUGAAUAUGAACAUCCGAAAGUGACGACUCUGAUUUGGAAAUUCUUUUAGAGCAAAGAUUAGUCUAUUCAACCCAUUCUACAUUUACGUCUAAAACUUUCGAAUUUGUCCCAAACUCUUGCUCACAAAAACGGUUUGAAAAUUGUAAGAAAUAAGUACCAACCCAAAACUGUUGGUUUAUAAAUCAAAGCGUAAAUCUUUUACGUUAUGCCGCAGCUUAACUUUCAAAAUAAUUGGCAAACUAACCAAUAAUUAAUUUACUGUUGUGUACGGUUUGGCCAAACUUAUGUCUUUUUUUUUACAUUUGCUUUUUAGGUAAUUUGCCGGUUCUGAGAUAUUUACUGUUAACCUGAUACCUUAACCUUUCCCAUUCUUACUGUUGCCUUAGUUUCAUGGUAGACCCUGUUCAGAACAUUCAACGUUUCUUUGAAGGUGACACUAAUAGGAUAUCGAACUGGCACUUGAUAAGAGUCAAUGACAUAACUCACCGAAACAUUGUGUAAAUUUUCUGACUGGCUGACUUUUGUCACCAAUGCCUCCGACCAGAAAAUAUGAAAAUAAGUUUUUUUGGUUUCACAUAAAAUAAAACUUCAAUCCAACAAAAGAAUGUGAAAAAUUAAGCCAAUAGUGCGUGUUUCCUGACACAACAUUCCACAACCUGUAAAAAUUGUAAAUAUCUAUCGUAUUGUACAAACAUCACUAGUACCUCUUCGAAAUUAGCUGUAAAUACAUUUAGUGUUAUUUAUUUUCACUGUAAAUGCAAAAACAAUGCACAGACGUCCUCAAUAAGACUUAUUGGAUUUUGUUUUACACUCAUCACUGAUAUACCUAUAUUAUACUACGAAACACUAUUAUAUGACGCAGCUCAUAUCCCAAUUUGUCGAAAUAUUAUAUGAAUAAAAAGUCUUUUUGCUAUAUGUAGCUGCAUCCUUCAUUUUUUCAACGACUGACUAGUUAUAGACUAUAUCGAGAACCGAUACUUCAUUAAAUUGUAUUGUAUAAAGGUAACGUCAGUUGGAAAGAGCCACUGCAAUUGAUUUUUUAUAAAUUCUCGUAGAUUUUCGAAACCUUUUGAUCUAUGUGACGCCACGACAAUAUGUAUACAGAGAUAUUUGUAAUAUCAGUUUAUACUUUGGCGUCAGUUGGUGUCUCUACUGUAACAUUACGUAAUUGACAAAGAAGCCUCCUAUUGCGCUCAUUGUUUAUUAAAUUUAUCACUGAGAAAUUUCGCAUAAAUUCUCUUCUAAACUUCCACGUCGACAGGCGGGCAAAUAAUACCAAUCUACAUCACAAAAUCAUUUAAAUCGGUUUCAUUUGUUUUUUUGCAGUUUUUAAAAUUAAAUUCACUUUGCUAUCCCUUCAAUUUUGUUUUGUUUGAUAGCCCACAUUUCAUUGCAAAAAUAAAGCAUCAAAUGAUCAUGGGCCAAUAUCUAAACAAAUCGAAAACAGUAAUACAGAAAAUAACAUCACGUUUUGGUUAGUUUGGUUGGUUAUGCGAAUCAUACAACAAACUUUUCGAAAAUUUGUUAGUAGUAGUAGUAGUAGUAGUAGUAGAAACUGAUAAAAAUGACAAGAAUGUAAGAAAAAAUAUUCUUUAUAGAUGGUGCCUUUGUCAUUAAAAUUAAACUGAUUUUUAUUUAAAGAAAAAAUGUUUAGAAACUAAACUGACCCAAAUUGAUAAAACUUGUAAUUGUAAUCAAUUUUUUUAAUAUUAUAUUUAUUUUACAUGUUACGAAGUAUACGAAGGAUGCAUUUUCAUUGUCCGAAACUGUAACAAAUUACAAUUAUUACCUAUCGAAGUAAACACUAUGAUCAACAAUUUAAAUAAAACCCGUAAAAUUCGCCAAUAUCCACACAGUAAAUUAAAAUGUUAACAAUUCAUAGACCUGUAAAAAAAUCUUGCGACACAAUCGUUUAUAAAUAUAAUAUUGCCAAUUUUGUAUUAUUAAUAUUUAUUUUGUUCAUAUUGUACAGCUUUUGCGUUGCUAGUCCAGAUAGAUAUAAAUGCGUUUAUUUUCUGUUUUAAAUGUUUUAUUAUGUUGCACAUUACUACGUCCGGAAAGUGCGUUGUUAUUGUUUUCAUUUGAUUUAAGUUAAAAUAAAAUUUAAUAAUGGA